UGCGUUUCGCUGUGCGCCUCGGAACCAUCCACUUCAAGCGUCGGAAAGUUAUCUAAAAUUCGUUGUUAUCACAAAGUAACACUGUUGAACAUCACAACAAGCUAUUGAAGAGUGAACCUUCAGGUCCGCUUACUCUCUCUUUGCACAACUCUUCAGGAAAACACGACGUGGGCAUAUUGUUACUGCACACCGCGAUAGCUGGCAUGCAGCGAGAACUGCAACCCGAAACCGAAACUGAACGGGCCCCCGCGCAGCAAGGCGCCACUUUUGAACUGGGAGACGACGGGACCCGCCUCGCCUCUCAAGAGAAAGAACGUCAAGGCCAACGGCGCGUCGGCGCUCAAAACGCCUCGCCGCCCGUCUGCGGCCGUUCAAUUGAAGAAGCCAAUUGCACUUCGUUGCCCUUUCGCUUGGAUGCGACGUCGUUCUUCUUCGCACGACGCCAGCUCGCGACAAUGCGGCCAGCUCCGGUCUUAACCGACGCUUCUGCGAACUUCCCGUCAGCACUGGCGCUAGCGGUUGGUGGCGGGAACGAGCAAGCGGCCAGCCCUUCUUCGAAAGCCACCUCUGCCGCGUUUCUAGAACUUUCAGGGACGGGUGAAUCAGCUUCUCGGUAUCAGGCAGAAGACGCCUUCGUGCUACCUGAUAAGGAUCCUAGCGGCUGGGUCACCGUUAAUCACCAAUGUGUUGAAGAUUCGAGUAAACACAGCUCUACGGACGAUUCAGCUUCGCGGUAUCGCGAUGAAGAGGUUAUUCCUAACCUGCCCGUUGAGGAUCCCACAGCAUCAGUCGUCGCCCGCGACGACUUUGCCAUAAAGGUCAUCGAGCGUGACUUGCUAAACGAAGGCAGUGUUUCCGAGCUUGACUCAAACCCGAAUAUACAACCGAGGUGCCUCGUCAGUGAGGUGCGGUCAAUCUCGAGCGCUGCGACAAGGGACCCAAAAGUACAAACGAUGAACACUCUUGGUCGGCUUGAACGCCAUUUUGAGCUGUUAGAAGGAAUCCCAGUCGGGUUGCUAAAAUCGUUGGACUCCGGAAGAGAGGGGAACACGAUCGCGGGAAAGUGCGCAGUAGCGCAUAGUUCCGGAACAAGGGUUAGUUCCGCGAACACACAAGUCUCCGAAUACUCGUGUGAAGGAGCACUUUCGCGGGCUCACAACAAAGGUUUCCUGAAACCAGAGUCGAAGAACGCAAGAGUCGUACGACUUUUCGAUCUGAGGGGCACCCUCGCUAUGAUCAAAAUAGCCCGCAGCAAUGUCGCGGAGGAAGUGCUCGUCCUCAGCGGCGUUACAGCGAGGUGGAAUGGAGACAGCAUGUUCGACUUCGACUCGACACCCAAAGCACGCGACGUCUUCACACUCGCAGGACUUCCACCGCAGUCAAUGGAACCUCCCCAAUGGGUAGACGUCAGCAGGGAUGUGGCUCGCGGUAUGGUCGUUUCCAUGGGUGACAAAGGGGUCACUACUGGACCUACGAACGCCUUGUUCGAGAAAGAACUGAUUCCUCUUUUUCCGGAAGGGGAAUACCAGGAUGACUUCGGUCAACUGCUCGACCUCGUCCAGGCUUCGUCAUGCAAUGGUGAAACAGGAAACCAAGAGCUUCCCCAUUUACUGCCGUUGGAAUUUCCGAGAAUCGGAUACCACGCAGCUGCGGACUUGGCAUUUAGAGCUCCCGGUGGCAUCCGCGGUUGUCACCAGCCACCUGUGCUCGCAGCACCGUUGCAACGUAUGAAGACACUAGGAGCCGUGUCCAGGUGCCUGCUGCAAAUCUUCGACUACCCAAAGAGCUCGUCACCGAAUGUUUUGAACAAUGAGGCGACGGUGGCGACCUCCCAUCCGACAGGUGAACUUACACCACUGCACGUCGAAAGGAAUUGCUUUGGCCUCAACCCGGACGCCACGGUCCCCGAUGGUGACAAAUUCAUGGAAUCCGACGACGAGGCUGGCGGAAGGUCCUCUUGCGAAGGAGUUUGCGAGGUUCCGACCUCUGCCCCGACUGUCCCGACGAAGCGUACAGAGAUUACGAAGAAUGCGACAAACUUUGCGACGGACAACACUGUGAUUCCUUCCGGUGAAGCUGCGUUCGCUCCACCGGAAGUCGCUCUGCCAAGGGUUGACUCUGGCAAUGAACACUUCAACAUGAACUUCAACGAUCCCGAAGGUGCUCGUUGCGACACUUCGAGCUCACCCGCUGUUGCGUUGUCACGGAUGAACAACACGAGUGCGCUUGCAAGCGCAGGUCCAUGCUCGGAGUGCUACGAUUUAAAGGCUGGAAACCACGUAUCCUCUGCAAACGCACAGAUGAAGACCGAAGACAGCUCUCGAGUGGAAGAAGGAGAAGAAACGCUCGCUCUCUCCCAAUCAGGAGGAGAGAGCCACUCGUCAGGUCCUGUCUUCAGGACCCAGAACAGUGACAAAAGUGAAUCGGUGCCUUGCACGCAGUGCCACCUCAGCGAUGUGGAAGACCAAGAGCGCAGCUUCUACGAGGACGGGGACGCGACGCCCGACGUGCUCCACUCGACGACGCACGACAAGACAGGCUUGCCGGAACCGGCCGGAGGUUUCGAGCACACAGACGAACAACGAGGCCACUACUACGGCCUGGCUCCUCCCACAAACGCGGAAAUCGAAGAACUGCGGAACCAGAUUCGACUGUUGGUGCAAAACCACGCCCUGCGCGCGAGCACGCCCCCAGUACGCGCUGACCGCCGAACGGGCUCUGCAUCGAGCUGCAGCCCUACGACAGACGAAGAGAGCUUCGAAGAGGACAGCGAAGACGACGACAGUUCGCGCACUCUGUACACGACCAGCGAGUCGGAGCUGUCCGAGUACGAGGACGACCUGUUGUCCUGCUAUUCCGGUUGCUCCGAUGGCUCGUCGUCUUCGGGCGCUUCGUGUGCUUCGGACCCGCUCGACGGACUGACCGAGUACAGUCGUCGCGAAAUGGCACACGCUGAAGACGCGGAGUCAAAGGACGGACUGUUCACUCCCACUGACUCAGCCGCGUCGUCACUGUGCAGAAAGAGGAAAAGGAAUUUUCCGCCAAGUUCGGAAUCGCCAACGGAAGAUCCCCUUGCGGAAAUCAAGAAGCCUCGGUUUUUCCAGCUGCAAAGCGUGGGACGUCCCAACCUGCGCACAGAAGGGGAGUCGGACGACUUUCGUAUAGCAAGAAACGUUACAGUGGAAGCUGAAGACACCAGUAGUGCAAUAGCGUCCGUGGACAACGGUACUUUCCACAGAGCGGUACUGUCACUGCACAGCUAUUGUAAAUAUAGCCCGAACAGACAAAGUAGCUUUCGUCCCGAAGAAGGUCCGGACGAGCGAUCCCCUAACUGCUCGAGUGACGAUGACGAUGCGAUGGAAGAACCGUCAGUGGAGCCUGCAGCGAACGUCGGCUGCAUUGAGCCGCGGACCCAUGAUGGGUCACCCAGCACUGGCGCUCCUAGCGAGGCAGUGGCAAAAUUAGUGGAUUAUCCUCAACUGACUCCACCUGAGGAAGAGGGUAGUGGCGUUAACACUACACCUGGGCAAUACUUACGCGAGGACACCCAAGGGCGUCCUCUUGCGGACGAACGGGGAAACAGCGGAACGCCCCGUAACCGCAGUGAGGCCGAGGCAGGGGCCUACAAGAAGGUCAUGGAAGUGUAUUUCGACGAAAACUCCAGGCACUUCCUCGUCCUCCCGGCGUCUCAGGAAUGUCUCAUUUUCGAGAACAGCGAGAACAUCCCUCCUGAAGAAGAUUCCAAAACCAAGUCGGCUUCACCGGGAAGGAUCAGUUGUGAACCGCAGGUCGAACUGUGCAAGAUCCAAGCUUUGAACGAGGAAGAGGCGUCUUGCAAAAGCGUCGCUUCCGGCGUCGCGAGCACGCCCGAUGAAAAACGGAAGAAUCCGACGGAGGCCGAGCGUGAAGGUCCAAGGAGGAAGAUCCGCAGAAUCGGACUCCCCAAGGGCUACAAGGGUCGAGCUUUGCAUCCCAACUGGAGAUCAAAUGUCGACCAGUGAUGCGAAGUUGUCAUCUGCAGUUCUUUUACGAUAUCAAUUUCUUUGUUCACUUUGUUCCAUUCGCAAGUAGUUCCUUUUGCAAUGUAUUCCGUUAAAUAAACACUGCUUUCUGUGUUCCCGAA